AUGGCGUACAACUUGAACGCCGAACUGUGGACCGAGUUUGCCAUUGGCAUGAUCGUUUUUGCUGUCCGUUUCUACGCCCGAUGGGACACAAUUGGACUGCAGAAAUUUUCCUGGGAUGACUUCUUCAGUGCGACAUCUGCGAUCUUCUGGACGUUGGAAACGACAUUUCUUUACACCUGCGCACUCUUCGGAAACAACAUUGGCCUCAAUCCAGAGACUGCCGCCGCCAUCCCCGACAGCCAAGUCCCUCAGCUUGUAAAAGGGUCGAAGCAUGCGUAUGCCGCCUGGAUCUUCUACAUCCUGCUCGUGUGGUCCUUGAAAGGAGUCGUCAUCUUUCUCUACAGCAGAAUCACGACUGGUCUUUGGCAGCAUCGUCUGGUCAAACUUGUCAGCGUAUUCUCCGUCUUGACGUUUUUGGCGUCCAUCCUGCUUCAUUUUGGAACGUGCGUGCCAAUCCAAAAAGCCUGGCAGAUCAAGCCUUAUCCAGGAGAUAACUGUACCAAACGCCAGUUGAACUAUAUUGUCAUUGAGACUCUGAACAUCAUAACCGAUGUAUUCGUCAUCGCCAUCCCCAUGCCCAUCGUCUUCGCCGCCCAGAUCCCCAUCCAUCGCAAACUCAUUCUAUCCGGCCUCUUCUCCUCCGGCGUCUUCGUCAUCAUCUGCGCCAUCCUCCGCGCCUACUACUCCGUACGGAAUAUCCAAGAUCUCUCGGUCGCGCUGGGAUGGGCCUCCCGUGAAGUCUUCGUAUCUGCCCUCGCCGUCUCCGCCCCCGGAAUCAAGCCUCUCUUCAACAAGUCCCGCUGGUUCUCGUCCAAGAAGACAUCCAACAAUCACUAUGGCAGCACGACCGGUCCGAGCACUUUUCCGCGAUCCUACAACCAGAAAAGUGCGAAUGACACUACCUUUACCAAUGUCGAGGCCGAAGAUCAUAAAGGCCAGUUUGAGCUGUCUUCGACUUGGCAGCUCCGCAAUAAGAUGAAGCGCACGUCAUCGAGCGAGAGCCAGGAACGUAUUAUUGAGGCUGGGCAGGGCGGGCCGAAUGCCAUCCAGGUCACGACAGAAUAUCAUGUGCAGGAAGAGUCGGGGAUGCCUUCCUCAGGGUCUGCAUCGCAUACUGAUGGAGGUCGCUCGAGGGGUUCCCUUUAGUGUUGGCCAGGGCUUUGGCGUUUUAUGCAAAUACGAGAAUAAUGGGGCUGGGGCUGGGAUUUGGAUUUUGCGUUAUUAUGAAUGAUGUGUAUAUAUUCGGUACUAGAAUGGGUUUUAAUAUUUAACGGUCUCUUCUUUUUUUUUUUUUUUUUGGCUUGUGUUGUUUGAUGCUUCUAGCGGGGAUAUAUUUAUAGUGGCCAAGGGGGUGAGACUCCAUAUCUUAAAAUCCCCACAACAUCUUAAUAGUCAUCAUCAUUAGUUUAUUUAGAACAGUCGAAAAGUGAAAAUCAAAGCUCCAAGGCUAGACAUAUAGCAAAAUACGAGCUGCAGGACAUAAGAUCUGUUCUCGACACGGCUUGGUGACUUGCAUUUGGUGACUUGCAUAGAAACCCAGGGGUUUACAAUGAGCAGUCACAUUCCAAAGCUCCGAUCAUCAUGAAUAUCAUCUUUGCUUCCAAAUAAACUCC